AUGGGUAUAAGAAACGAUGCUACUGUGGAAGAUGCUAUUCUUGAGUCCCGUAGAAGAAGAAGGCAUCAUACUCCGCUGCUAAUGAGUAUUGAAAAUGAAUUAAAUGCUUUGACAGAUUCUUUGAAUGUGGAAGAGCUGGACAUUAGUCUUUGGAAGCGAGAGUCUGGUUUUAAGCAUUUAUUUUCUACUCAGGAGACUUGGAAGUUGUUAAGAGAGCAGAAGGAUAAGUGCAGAUGGUCUCGAGGUGUUUGGUUCUCCCAAGCAACUCCUAAGUUCGCUUUCAUUAUGUGGUUGGCAACUUUGAAUAGGCUAUCUACGAUGGACAGGAUAUCGAGUUGGAAUCCAGGAGCUGACUCAACAUGUGUGUUGUGUAAGAGUGCAUCAGAGUCAAGGGAUCACCUCUUUUUUGAAUGUUCUUAUUCAUCUCAGAUUUGGGAACAUACGAUUAGAGGUGUCCUUAGAAGCUCUUAUACUAAUCGAUGGUCAAGUAUUAUGCUCUUGAUUACUGAUGGGAUACGGGACAAGAGAAAGCUUUUCUGCAUUAGAUAUGCAUUGCAAGCUGUGGUGUAUGCUGUCUGGAGGGAGAGGAACAAGGUGAAGCAUGGAGAUCAGCUUAUGUCCUUAUCAGUGUUGAAGAAACUGGUUGAUAAAGACAUUCUCAACAAACUUAGUCUUUUGCAAACUAAAAGGAUUGGAGGUAUGGAGGGAGCUUUGCAGUUCUGGUUUGCUACUAGAGUUUGA